GUCGGCUUUUGGUGCCACGUAUGAUCAGUUCCUGUAGCUGGUUCGAACUUCAUAUGUUUCGUCAAAACUCGAUCUUCUGAUACUAAAUUUAAAAACUCUUCAUUCGACACUUCACCGACAUUAAAAUGCGGCGCAAGACUGCAAGUGCCGAUGUUGCCGAAUCGGUCGGCGGCGUCUGCCAACCGGGUUUUUAUCCGCAAAUACGCUAGAAGUAGUACUCUCCGCGACUACUAGCUGCAGAUACUUAAUUAGUCCUCGCGGCUACGACGGACUACUUCUAGCAGCACGUUGUUCACAACAACUCCUCCUGGCCAUCCAUCCUUUGGUGAAACAUCAUCAACCUCGCGGUGGAUCGAGGAUUUUGGACUAGAAACGAGCCCGACAUUGUUUGCUUGCUUCCAGUUCCACCAAUGAGGAUGCUGGAAAGAAGUGGUGGCCUCGAAGACCAAGGAAGCAGUGGGAGCUCUUCUUGUUCGUCUUCUACGACAUUUUGGCGUUGUGAUAAAAGUAUUACUAGGCUGCACGGAACAUCAACGGAAACGGAAAGAAGCUGCGGCGCUACAAAAACGCUAGUACCGCCACACAAGAUGAUGCGAAGAUCACCACGAGGCCGCUCCUCACGAGCCGGACCAGUGGUGCCGAAGAUGCUACUGCAACAUCUUGACUGGAGGUUCUUUAUGCAACGUCGACGUUUUUCUUUUUCCACCACCUCUUGCAGUACCAGGGAAAAGAUGAGAAAUCAGACCCGGAAGGAAGAUACAACAACAACUUCCAAAGAACAAUCCCGUGGCUCUACUAGUACCACUUUGAUAAUUGCGGAACGACGAGGAGGUGAAGCUCCUCCGGCGCGCCAGCAGCAUCAUCUGCUGCAAAAAGUUUGCUCUAGAGGACCACUUAUUUUAUUUCGUGCCGUGAUUGGAGGACUGGUGGUCGUUUCGAUUGGGUUGUCUUUGUUGCGAGACCUCCUCCUGGUCGAUACUAGUCACGACCGGCAUGAUUCUUUUCGUCGUGAUGUUGUACUACAAGAACUCGAUCCACCCGGCGCUGCUCCACUGCCUGUGGACGAUCAUCUUCACGACGUCGACCCCGCCGGGUGGUUCUUGGUGGGCAACACGCAAGAAGGACACAGCACGCGCACCAGUGGAGCAGCAGGUUGCAACCUGAUCUACUUCGCCCUGGCCGAGGAGGUGAGUGUUGUGGAGAGAAGGACCUCCGAAGCACGAGAGAAGAAAGUCGGGCGAGAACAACUACAGCAAAGGAUGACUCGAGUUUCCGAACGCCAAAAGAAGAAUACCAGGGUGCUGGAGGAAAAAACUUCUGCUUUAAAAGUUUCUCAAGAACUACAAAAAAGCAAACAAAAACAACUGGAAAGCGCAAGGCAGAAGCGACGCGAGCGGAGGAGAAGAAGACGGCAGGAGGCGAGGCGGAGCAAGCGGGAGCUGCGCCAGAUGAAGUUGCAGAAGCAAAGCGAAAGGCAAGAAAGGGUUGCUUUGGAACAGAAGAAGGUACAGCGAGAAGCAAAAAAGAAGCGACGAAUGCUGCGGAACAAGAAACUCGGCAGGCAGCUGGCGCGGGCGCACGUGGAAAACAAAAUCUUGCAGGGCGUCGGCACGGAGGAGGCGCAGCGGGUCCUCCGUCGGAGGUUUAUUUCUCUGGAACUGGCGGACGAUGAGGCGAAUAUGUUUCUGAAAAAUGCGGUCACCGAGAUCGAAGACCACCCCGCGGAUAUGCGUGCCGCCGCGACAAUGUUCGCUGCGGAGGGCUUGGCCGUCGAGUCCAUGGAGGAAAUGGGCGUCGAGGAGGAGGUGGCCGUCGAGCACCACUAUGAUUGGGGAUCGGGAUUCCCUCUCCAUCAUCACAAUUUGCGGGAGUACGCGUCUCACUACGACUACGGCGAGGCAGGUGCCGAGGAGAAGGAGUACCUGGAGCGCGCGCACGAGUUGGUGCAUGAAACGGACAAUUACUUUGACCACUGCCGCGACAAGUGCACCAUGGAAGGGUAUCAAGACCAUAUGCAGCACUACCUCACGGAGCACAAAGAAUACGGUUUGGACGGGAAGUACUCGAAACCGCAUUCGAUGCAGGUAGAAUACGAGAAUUAUUGGACAGCGCAUGCCCCCGAGUGGGCGGGUGACCAGGAUGAAGUGGGGGACGGCACCAAAGUGCUCGAGGAGGUCGACGCAGACAAUUCCCACACCGUAACGAAAGAGGAAUGGAUGCAGGGCGGCGGGCCCGACCGUGUGUUCGACCAGUUCGACACAGGAGAGGAGGUCAACGGCAAGAAGCAGCACGAUGGGGUGCUCAAGGGCGGGGAGCUCGAGGCGGUCUGGAAGGUGGUCAGGGACCAGCAUGAAGACAAUGCAAGGGAAACUGCAGGACAAGAACAUCAGCUUGAGCGCCUGCAUGAGCCCGACAAUUUGCAGGAAGGUGCUGGUCCCACGCUGGAAGAGAAGCGGGAGGAUUUGGAUGAAGCGCUGAGCAGCAAGACGAACGAAAUUAAAACGUUGAAGAACACGGGCGACGUCGACGAGAAAAUGGAAGAAGUGAUCGGAAAGACAGAAGGGGACAUGAUCGCCCACUACGAUAACACCAACAACGACGGAAUCGGGGACGAUGCCGACGACCGCGACGCGCUGCGAGCGCAACAAGAGACCGCCCAGGCCGCGGCGCACCCGGCGGGGGAUGCUGCGGAGCGGACGGGCGCCGCGGUCGCGCGGCAAACGGAGGAAGCAACUCCUGCGGAAAGUACGGGUCUGUUCGGGGUCAACGUCGAGCAAGAAGUGGUAUCUUGAGUAAAAACGUCCGCACCCCAGAUUUGUCAAUUGUUUGGUCUUUUAGAUACACAGCCGGGCUUGUCAUGCAUAUUUUCAUGCCCAGGAUGGGCGCCCUCAACAUGAGGUGCAUCCGCUAAUGGUGUCUUGAAAUUAGUCAUGCUCUUCUUGGCAGGAUGACAGGGGAGCAGUUUUUUUGCUAAGCACGACUACGCAGCUGCGUGUUCUAAUUUUUCAUGCGGAUGAGUGCACAAGCCUUCUCGAUUUAUUUGUCUAGCAGAUGAGAUCCCCAUCUUCGUGACUAUGGGGUGUGGGCCCCGUUUUACUCAGGAUACCUCGACGAGGCAAAGCAGGUCUAUGAGAAAGACAUAGCACAGUCCUUUGAAGACCACCCUACGGAGGUGAUAGGUGCUUUCGCGGGUGGUGGGGGUGGCGCGGCGCUCUUGUUAGGCGCACAGAAGGCCAAGAAGGAGAGGGCGGAGAAGCGACGGAAAAGAGAAGAGGAGCUGGCGAGCGAUAGCUCGAGCGACCCGGAUCUAGACUACGCCAUGCUGAAGAGCGCGAAGGGGAAGAAACUGCCCAACAAAACACAUCGCCCCCAGAUUUCCUCUCCUCCGGCCGCACCGGGUGGACCAAAGGACGAAUUCGCGGCCAUGGACCAUGAUGGCGACGGAGUAGACAUCGGCAAUUACCUAUGAACUGCAAAAAUGUCUGGUUCUGGAAGAUUGCCAGGUUCUUUGUCAUGCAUAUUGUCCAUGACCCAUGAUGUCUGUGAUGCAUGCCUUAGCAUCACAGGCCUUCUGAUGCAUGCCUUAGCAUCACAGAUGCAUGCCUUAGCGAGGGCUUUCUGAUGCUCAUACAGCAUGAGAAGUGCCCUCUCUGCGUAGCAAAAACUGGACCUAUUUUGCUCUUCACGCAAUAGUACAGAUUUUAUGAAGAGUCCAGACGUAGCAUUUUUACAAGUUGUAUCCUUCCAGACCCAGACAUAGUUGCAAGGCAUAUUGUCCGGACUUGGUCGAAAUGUGCAAAGUGAAGAAAGUCGACGACAAGAACGGCGACAGCAAGCUCAGCGUCGAGGAGUUACGCGAGAUUUGCAAGUCCGUGUGCGUGCCGCAUUCCGAGGCGUCAAGGGCCCUGAGCAGGCAGGACGUGAUGGAGAUUUGCUACUGCUGUCCGCCAACGGUACAGAAGACCUUUUUCACCUGGUUCAACGCUUCAUCUCCGGACGAGGCAGAAGCCAACCCGAAGGCGCCGGAGGAGCAGAUGAUGAAAACGGAAACAAAUGAUCAGGAGGAGCCGUCGGAGCGGGAAGAACAAAACACCACUCCUCCGCGGCCCGUGGAAGCAGGAGAGCCGGCGGACGAGGCUGCAGAGUCGGCCACGACGGACGAGGUUGCACUUGCAGCGCCGCGGACGGACGAGGCGGUCGCAGCACCGCGUAGUACGGAGGGGCCUGCGGCGCCGCGAAAGAACGAAGUACAGCCCCGCGGGGACAAGAGCAAGGUAUCCGCGGGACCAGCGCAGCAGGAGAAGGCGCCGGACGAGGUGCUUGGCCCUACGGAGUCUGGUGCCGGCUUUUUCGAACAUCCCAGCGAGCAGAAGAAGGCCGCUGCCUCAGCAGCGGAGAUGGACACCAUGCUUCAAUUUUCACCGGACAGGGUGGAAUGGCUAGAUCGGAUCGGAAAGAAACUCCGCCUGGGACCCCACGCAAAUAAAGGUGCGGCAGUCCCGGAUGCUGAGCAUGCAAGCAACUCGUUUUUGCAGCAGCGGAACAAGCGAAAAGUCUCGCACACGAGGAAACAGGGCAGAACUGCGAAGAAGGUAGUUCUGAGCACGACCAGGAGAAAAAAGGGAAAAAAAACCUCGAAGGCGAAGUUUAGUGACGACGUGUUGGAUAUGGUGAAGGCAUGGGGCGAACAUGUCAUGGAUGAGCACAUGACGAACAUUUCUCAUGAGCACACGGAGCAACUCGCAAAACUGAUCAACGACUGCACAGAAGAGUCGCACUGUACACCAGAAAAGGUUACAGACCACUUCGCCGCUGAAGCAACCAAGAUGGAGCACCCUAUUCCUGCCGACGAUUCGUACACCCACUACUUCAUCGAGCAUUUUUACUACGACAACCCAGGAGACGACCCGAUAGGGAACCUCUGGGAUGAGAUGAAACCCGAGGUAUGCGUCGCAAAUAUGUCCGGGUCUCCUGGAACACUGAAACUUGUCAUGCGAAGUGUGGAAGGGCGCGCAAAUAUGUGUGUUGCAUAUGCAUGGCUACCAAUGAAUAAAAGUUGUCCACUCUUGACCUGAUCGAGAGGGAGUUUCUCAUUCAGCAUGGGCAGAGAGAGAUCUCGCAGCGUCUGUCAUGCUAGGUCCUCCUGCGUUCCAGACCUCUUAGGUAAUGAAAGAGCUGCGUCACAAAUCUUGCACACUUCCAGACCCAGACAUAUUUCCACUCCAUACGAGGGGAGCGAUGACAAUUUCAUCACGAAAGAAGAGUGGCAGCAGCAAGGUGGGCUCGCCGCCGACUUCAACAAGUAUGCAGGGGAGGAUGGGGACGGAAUGUCCCGGGCCGAACUUACCUCGCUGGUGGCGGACGUCGUGACCCCUGAGACGGAGCAUGCGCGAGACUACGGUGAGGACAUAGCGCAAACCCUGCAGGAGAAGCUGGACAACAUGGACGAUGGCGACAAGAGGAAAGAAGCUUACCAACAAGCUUUGGACCAGGUCAAGCAAGCAGUCGAAGACUGUUACUCCCCCGAUUGCCGCACCGACGACCUGGUGGACGAUAUUACGAAGGCCCUGCGCGAUAUGGGAGUGUCAGGAUCGAGAUCAACAAAGUUGAAUCGGAUAAUAAUUUGUGAUGCAUAAAAUCGAUACCAGUUCGACCCACAGUUUAUAUAUAGGUCGCACGACAAAUUUUCCUGGCGUCGAAAGCAAAUCUGUCAUGCUGGGCAUAGGAGCUCUCUUCUGUCAUGCUAGCCAGCAGCCCAACUCUUGCCCUUUAACAGGGCUACAAUCUGCCUCCCUUGCGUCCUCUGCAAUAGAGUCCCUUCCUGCGUCGCAUUUUAUGCAUGACAAAUCGUUUCAUUUUCAAAUUCAACUUUGUCGAGUUCGAUCCUGACGCUUCCAUACCCAUAGACGAGCAAGACAUCGACGUUGAGGAGGAACUCAACCAGGAACCGUACGGACGCUGGUGGCUUUUAUCAAGUGUAAAAAUGUCUGGGUCUGGAAGAUUGCGAGGUUUGUCAUGCAUAUUUUGCAUAACCCAUGAUGCCUGUAAUGCAUGGCGGAGCAUCACAGAUUUUUAAAGGGCCUUCUGAUGCGUAUUCCGCAUGAGAAACGCGCACUCCGCGUAGCACAAACUGAACCCUUCUUGCUGGUCAUGGUUGAGGGGUAAAAAAGGUCAUGCAAUACAGAUUUUUUAUUUUUUUACCUUCCAAAGACAGCAUCACAUUCCCGACCCAGACAUUUUUACAUUUGAUAGCUUUUCGAUUCCUUUGAAGACACCACCCCGGAGGACCAAGCAACGGCCCCGGGCGACGGUGCCGUCAAGCAGGUCUGGGCGGACAUCAAUACGGAGGAGGGUCGUGACAACGCCAUCAGCAAGGCGGAAUGGCUCCACGCGGGUAUAUGCGUUGCAAAUAUGUCCUCUGGGUCUGGAAGAUUCUUAAACUUUUAGGAUAAGUAGCACAAAGACCUCGCCACAGAAGAUGAUUCUGUCAUGCUAGGUCCUGCAUUCCAGGCCUCGCGGUGUAUGGAACAAAACCUGCGUGAGAAAUUCAGCAGUCGGCCAGACCCGGACAUGUUUGCAUUUGACAGCGCGGCCUGGCGAGCGAGUUUGACCGGUACAGCGGACAAGACGAUCAACUGUCCAUGAUAUCCUGUGCAAAAGUAUCGUAUUCGUAUAAAUGCAAAUCUUGCAUUACAAAUAUUUUUCUUAAGGUAAAUCAGCAUGACAAAUUUUAUUUCUCAUGCUGAGAAAAUUUGUAAUGCAUUGAUACGAGUACGAUACUUUUGCAGUUCAUACGAGAAGGAGUUUGACAAGGUGAGUAUCCCCGGUGUAACAACGUCACUUCUGGCGAUACUUGCAUGUAUGCGAUUUUUUUUUUGCAUGGACGAUUUUGAUUUGAAUUUGUAUUUGAUGUGCACCUGCUUCAGAAAACUCUCUGAAGAUCCGGUUCAGCGUCGGUGCUCUCUGUGCAUUAGUAAGUUGAGAAGUUUUAUGAUUUGCAACACCCCGCGGUCGCGCCUGCCGGUCGAUGUUGAUCUACUCAACAGGCAGCACAAGAGAGUUUGUUGUUGCCCUGCCUGCUACUUCGUGUAAAACGUAAAAUGAGAUUCUAGCUAAGCACGACGCGAGACUAGCAUCAAAUACUGGGAAAUAUUCCAGCAAAAUUUUUCGUAUCUAGUUGUACAAGAACUCGCGAAUAAGGCUCUCAGAAAUAGUAAUAGUAAUGUCAAGUAGUACCCUUGCCUGCAGGGACGUCGUUUCUUCACAGGAUACGGAUCGGAGACGUGUACCUAGGUGAACCGGCGCCGCAGCAAGAGGACGAAACGGCCAGCAAAGAGGAAAUGGCAAAGCAAAUCGAAGAGCUGCAGGCGCAACUCCAGGACAAGAAAGACGACGUUGCAGAGCUGCAGAACCAAGUCGAAAACGAAAAGGACAAAGCCGAAGAGCUCGAGAAGAAACUUCAACACGAAGUUAUUCGUUCCAAAAACGUUCCCACCUCAGGAAGAGUUGUAGUCGGAAAAAUCUGGUGGUGCAUGAGCUGCAUGUCGUCGAGGCGCGUAAACGUAUCUUCUGUAGCGCUUUUCCAUCGUCGGAGAUGUCCUGACCUAACGGUUUUUCAUGAAGAUUUCUGACGUGAUCAAGGGGUUCGACGCGAGCUGGCGGUCAUACUUGCAUGCUUACAUACGAGAUGAUGAAAAAUUUGCCAUGCGCGCAUCAACUCGCUAUAAGUUCUUCUCUUGUAUGUUGUUCGCACGGCACGGGAGGUGGGAACAUUCAUGCAAAGGAUAACGCAACUUGAGGACAAGCUCGCUCAGGAGAACGAUGGCCCCGAGGACGGCGACCGCCAACUGAGAAAGGUUGAUGUUAAGGGGAAGGAUUUCAUCAAUUUUGGGCAAGAACAACCAGAAGGAGCUGAAGAACCAGAU